AUGCCCAGCUGGUUCAGUCGCAGCAGUAGCCGUAACGAAAUACCUCCGGUUGCCGAAGCCGCCCCUUCGAGCGGCGGGGGUGGCGGGUACGGAUACACGAACAGCCGCAGCGACGAAGACAAAUCCCGUCAGGAGCUGUUUGCUGGGGCCUCAAACCGCCCGGCUGAUGCAGCCAGUAUCGGCCCUCCCCCAAGUUAUCGUUCCAAUGCCAGUGUCUACAACCAAUCCCGCGAUGGCGAUCCGUAUGCCAGCUCAUCUUAUCAGAAACCUACCGUUCAAACCGACCGCUAUGCCCGCAAUGCGAACGUUGGCGACAAGUAUUCGCGCGGUUACGCGGAUGUAGACAAUGACCGAGCGGAGCUGUUUGCAGGCCGCCAACCUACUCAGCCUCGACGCCGAUUUGACGACGACGAUAAUGGUCAACAAAGGCAGCUCACUGCGGAGGAGGAAGACGAAGAGAUCGAGGGUAUCAAGCAAGACACCAGGCAGUUGAAGCAAGAAUCGGUCCAAAGCACUCGUAACGCGCUAAGAAUCGCACGUGAAGCUGAAGAAACCGCCCGUAACACCCUUUUGAAACUCGGAGAUCAAUCUGAGAAAAUCGCCAAUACUGAACGUCACCUGGACCUGGCCAAAGGCUCCACUAACCGUGCCGAGGACAAGACCGACGAACUCAAGCAGCUCAAUCGCUCCAUCUUCCGGCCGGUUAUCGUUUUUAACAAAGAUGAGAAGCGCCGUAAGCAAGAACAGCGGAUUGCUGAUAGGCACGAGCAAGAGCGUUUCGAGCGUGAAAACGCAGCCGUCGACGUGCGCGAUUCCCACAAUCGUAUUGGACGUGCUGCUACGUAUGGCCAACGAUCGGGAGAUGGGGGAGACGACAACUAUGGAGAAGAUGCGGAAGGUAUUUCGAGCGGACGAAGGAACUUGCCGCCUGAGCAACAGAGGGCCCGGCAAGCUGCGAGGUCGAGGUACCAAUUCGAAGCCACUGCUUCUGACGACGAACUCGAAGAUGAACUAGGCAAGUAUGACAAUUUGGACGAAAUCCACGAUGUUGCGAAGAGACUUAAGGCACUGGCUGUGGCUUCUGGUCAGGAACUGGACGCACAAAACGCGCGCCUGAACAAAAUCACAAACAAAACCGAUCAGCUGGACACCAAGAUUGUGCGCGCUACCGAUCGCCUCAAGCGCAUCAAGUAG